AUCCCUAAUUAAUUAGCCGCUCCCUCUCUCUCUCUUUCUCUCCCCACUUACCUUUCCUUCCAAUCAAAGCCUUGUAGCAGUAUAUAACCCAAAACCCAUUACUCAUCUUUAACUUCUCUCUCUCUCUCUCUCCCUCCAGAGAAAAAUGGCUUCAGUCUGCAUAUCAAACUGUGUCAACGAUACACGAGACCCCCGCGUGCCCGUACGCGCCACCUAUGUGAACCUCUACAAGUGGCCGGAAUCCGAUGCAGAGUUCAUAAAGACCGUCCGCCGUGUAGGCCAAGGUUUGCAUGGCCAGCCUAGGGUGGUGGACAGUAUCUCCUGCAGGCAGAUGUAUCUUAGGAGCUAUACAUUUUCAAGAAAAGAAACUGUGCCUGAGAAGACAAAGAAAUGCUUUGGUAGAGUGAAAGAGAAAGUGACUAAUCAUGGAAAGAAGAGAAAGGAAAAGGGAAAGAAAAGAAAGUGUUUGGUAUUUAGGAAAGUGAAAGAAUUUUCUUGUGGUGCCUUGUUUAGGAUCUUCCAUAAGUUGUUAUCUUGUGGUGCUAGUGUAGAUGUGGCUAAUUGAUCAUCAACAUGGUUUUUCAUUAGUUUCUUGAAUUCUCAUCAUUUUCUUCUUGUUUAUUUAAACAUAUAUGUGUUAAUGUAUGUUUUUGUGUUUUUUUUCUUUAAAAAAAUAUAUAAAUAUGGGCAUGUGAUGAAUUAAUUCUGUGAGGGAGGGUAAUUAGAGGAAGAAACAUAUAUAUAUAUGGCAGAGAGUUGUAUAUUUGCAUAUU